ACCAAAGAUUGGCCCAAAGAAAAGGGAACUGGGAACGUGAAAAAAGAGGGCAUGGAAAUUUCGUGCAGAAAUGGGAGGAUUAGAUGAGAACGAAAGAAACUGCAAACAAAGCAAAGCAGAGUCAUAGUUAAAGACCCCACCUUCUUUUCUUCGAAUCUCUCUCUCUUUUCCAACUUGUUUCCCUCUCUAUUGUUGCCCUUUCAAACUCUUCAAAUAACAGCAAACAAUGCCCAUUGCCUUCCUUCUCAUCUUUCUCCACUAGUCUUUUUCUUUUUUUUUUUUGACAUAAAAAUUUGUUUUUUUUGUCUAUUUUUCUUUUUCCCAUUUCAAUAAUGGCAAAAGCUAAUGCUGAUAAGUUGAGGCGGUUAAGAGCUUGGGUGCAAAACUACGAUUGGGGAAGAUGUGGGGCGGAGGCACAGGUGGCGAGGCUCUUGGCUUUGAAUUCUGGGGUUGAGGUUGAGCCUGACAGGCCUUAUGCUGAGUUUUGGAUGGGAACCCACGACUCAGGACCAAGUUUUUUGGCCGAUGGAGAAGAAGGAGGAAAUUUGGGUUUAAAGGAGUGGAUUGGGCAGAAUCCAAAUGUGCUUGGUCAUAAGGUUUUGGAAAAGUGGGGGUCUGAUCUUCCCUUUUUGUUCAAGGUACUUUCAGUGGCAAAAGCCCUGUCAAUACAGGCGCAUCCGGAUAAAGAAUUGGCAAAAGAAUUGCAUAAGUUGCAGCCAAAUCUCUAUAAGGAUGGUAAUCACAAACCUGAGAUGGCUUUGGCAAUAACUGAGUUCAGGGCGCUUUGUGGGUUCAUUUCUCUUGAGGAGCUUAAGGGUGUGCUUGAAGAUGUUCCUGAGAUUGUAGAAUUGGUUGGCACUGCAUCAGCAAACCAAGUCUUAGAUAUUGAUGAGCGAGAUGGGGCAGAGAAAGUAAAAUCUGCUCUGCGGUCAGUUUUUACCCAACUAAUGUCAGCUACCAAGGAGAUGACAACUGAAGCAAUAUCAAAACUGAAAAAUCGGCUGCACAUGGAAAGUCAGUUGAGGUGUCUAACUGAGAAGGAAAAGUUGGUGUUGCACUUGCAAAAGCAAUACCCAGGUGACAUAGGUGUCAUAUCUGCCUUCUUUUUCAAUUAUGUGAAACUUAGUCCUGGUGAAGCAUUGUAUCUUGGGGCAAAUGAGCCCCAUGCAUACUUGAGUGGUGAAUGCAUUGAAUGCAUGGCAACGUCAGACAAUGUUGUCCGGGCUGGUCUUACUCCCAAGCAUUGUGAUAUCCAAACUCUUUGUUCCAUGCUCUCAUAUAAGCAGGGCUAUCCUGAAAUCCUGAAAGGAUUUCCAUUGAGUCCGUACAUAACAAGGUAUCUCCCACCCUUCGACGAGUUUGAGGUUGAUCAUUGCAUUCUUCCAAAAGGAGCAUCAACAGUUUUUCCAGCCAUCCCUGGCCCUUCUAUUUUCCUUGCCUUUGUCGGGGAGGGAACAUUGCAUAGUGGAUCAAGGGAAGAUAUAGUUGCUGAAGGAGAUGCGCUCUUUGCGCCAGCCAACAUCGAGAUUACAAUUACUACUACAUCUGAGCUGCAGCUAUACAGGGCAGGGGUGAACAGCAGGUUCUUCCAUGCCUUGUGAAUUCAGAGCAGAGCUCCAGCCAUCAUCACAGCCUUAGGGAGUAAAUAGUUUAUUAAUUAUUUAUUUUUGCACGUAUCUAUGCUAUCUUUUGUUGCCAUUUAUAGCUAUCCAUUCUUGCACUACAGUGUAAUUUUUGGAUUUGCAAAUAUAUAGUAAAAGUUAAUACCAUUCAUGUAUUGUCUAUCCCAAAUAUAAAUAAAUAAUUGAGUUCAUUUCAAACAACAAGCUGGUUUCCCAGUUUUUCUGUGCAAGAAAAUCUAAUUUCCCAGAAACCAAUCACCCUGAAAUCAUGGUUCAUU